GCCAUGGCGCAUAACUAAAAAAGCAUCGCUAGCUUCAACAUCAUGGUCGCUGUCCCCGUCUCGCUCCCCAAGCCGUCGCCGGCCAAGUCGCCGCUCAAAACGCUUUUGCUCACGAGCGCCAUCACGGGCGGCGUCUGGAGCGCACUGCGCCACUACGUCGCACAACCCGUCGAGCUCGAUGUCCUCCAAGUCGUCCGCAUGGAAUUGGAAGAGGGCGCAGCGUCGCGCCGAGCGCGCUUCGAGUUUGGUAAGCACAAUCCGCAGCAGCAAGCCCAGGCCUUCGACUGUCUGUACGAAAACACCGAGAACCAGCACGUUUUCAACCACUGGUGAUCGGUCCACACGACUCUCUCCAUGCCUCCAUAUUUAAUGAUACCACAUAUUCUCCUGGUUGCUUUGCUGCUAUGUAUUGAACGCGAGGUAUUCUUCCGCAAAAUCAAGCUGCUCUUGUUUGUCUGUUGGCGGCGGUUGUGCGGCUGUAAACUCGUUCAUGUAGACUGUAUCCUGCAUUGUGAAGUAGACACUGAAGAGAAGUCUAGGAUAACUUGUCAUUCGGCCCAUCGCGUGCGUGCGUCUCGUCCACGGAUGUAUCAAUGCAAGAAAUAACACCAACCAUGCCCUGUGUACUUUG